GUGGGGAGGCAGUAGUUAAUGCCGUGGUAGGGGCGGGCUGUGCACUGCGGUCUCUCGCUCCCCCACCUCCCCCCGGCCGCAUCCCUUCCUCUUUUCGAGGGUUUCCUGUCCGUGCUGUCGCUUGGCUCCGUCCCCAGCACCCGGCCCCUCCCGCAGGGACCCCAGCGCCCGGCAGAGACCUCCGCACCCCAGCACCAUGGGACCUCCGGGCCCCCCACCCCUCCACACCCUACUGGGCUUGGCCUGGGCACUGCUGGGUUCUGUUAACGCACAGAGAGAUUGCACUGGCUGCCCCCAGCUGAGCGGGGGGCUGAUCGCGGGGCUGGUCGUGGGGGACCUGCUGCUGACGCUGCUCAUCGCUCUGGCUGUCUACUGCCUGGCUGGCAAGAUCCACCACCUCCGGGGGAGCGCACAGGCGGAGGUCAAGAAGCCCCCCGCCACUGAGAUGGAGUCGCCGUACCAGGAGCUCCAGGGUCAGAGAUUGGAUAUUUACAGUGACCUGAAGAAGUCGGGAGCCAAUUAUUAAUGCCCCGUCUCCGUCCCAUGCCCGCUCUGCACCCAAGCGGCUGGUGCCAGGGUGUCGAAUCCAUGCAGCCUGCGUUGUUUAUCUCCGUGCCACCCGCUCUGAGCACCGUUCCGUGCAAACAUGCAGCCCCCCUCAAUCUGCAGCGUUGAUCCCACCCCGCAUAGGCGCCGACUCCGUGGGUGCUCCGGGGCUGGGGCACCGACAGGGAAACAGCAGCUCCCCCAACCCGCCUCCCUACCCCAGCUCACCUCCGCCUCCUCCCCUGAGCGCACUGCCCCGUCCUGCUUCUCCCCCCUCCCUCCCAGUGCUUGUGCCGCAAAACAGCUGUUUCGCCCGGCAAGCGCUGGGAGAGAGGAGGAGGA